AUGUCUGAUAAAUUAAAUACAUCAUUACAAUCUAACCUUUAUGAAGAGGAGUUCAAUAAAGACAAAACUUGGGACCUAUCUUACCAAGGCUUAGAAGUUAUACCGAAAAAUGACAAUAAGUUGCUAUGUGCGAUAUAUCUUCAAAACAACAGCAUUCAAAAACUACCAGAUGAUUUCUUUGACUCUUACCCUUGUCUUAUGUGGUUAGACUUGAGAGAAAAUCGGUUAAAUGAAAUACCAAAAUCUAUUAAAAAUCAUCAAAGCCUAACUCAUUUACUAUUGCAAAAUAAUAAUCUGUCAUCCUUGCCUAAUGAGUUGGGCACGGUAUUAAGUUUGAAGGUGCUGCAAAUAAAUGGAAAUCCUCUAACUUAUCCGCCAAGGGACAUAAUCAACGCUGGAAUUGAAAAAACAUUGCAAUAUUUACAUGACAAAUUUAUCGAAGAAUUAUUUUUACAAUCUUCAUCAGCGUCCGAAGACCGUAAUGAGUCUAGUCGAAAUUCGAAUAUUAUAUUAUCAAACGAACUUCUGAGUUAUAACUCGCUUUUAGAUGAAAAAUUUAAAACAUCCAAGGCCCUUUCAGUGCAAUUAGGCGAAAAGGAUUUGAACGAUUCAGAUGAUGAGUUCUAUGCUAAAAUAAAAGGAAAAUGUCCGAAAUUGGCUGCAAGUAGAAAUAAGACAUUGCCGUCGUAUAGUCAAAGUUCGAAAUAUCUUAAACCAGUUUAUGUGUGCGGUAAAGAUAAGCAAGACGAAAAAAUCAAACAGCGCUUUUUGAAGGACAUGGCUGUCAAAAAACGGAAAGAUUUACUCGCAAGUAGAGAGAAAAUAUUACAGAACAAAAAAAACUUGGAGUUAUUAAAGAAUUGGCGAAGUAAUUACAGAUCCAUUCAAAUGUCAGUGCUGCGCGGAAAAAUCAGCUAUGAAUUUAGCACCAAAAAUUAUCCUUACGAUACGAGUCCAGAAUACAUGGCCCUUCUAACGAGGGAGGAUAUAGAGAAAGAUCUGCCGGACAAAUACAGAAAACGGUUGUGGAGAAGAUCAAAACCAACCGUGCCAAGAAAGAAUAACGGAGACGUCCAUUUGGCUAUGAAAAUAAAACAGUUAUUUGAAAAUUUGGAAGCCAUAGAUCUGAAUAGAGAGCAAAUGACGCCGAGAACUGAGCAGAAGGUUCUCCUGAAUGAGAUACAUAAGAUAUCAGAAAUAAAACAAAAACUUAUGGAAUUGUCCGCAACGAAUUCAAGAUCGGUUGCCGCAGAGUAA